AUGGUCAAGUAUCACUUAUCGGCAUUUGACGAGCUCUUGCCCGAAUCUUAUCCACCUCAGAUUGAUUGCUCGUUCUUUCUUUCUAGUUCUCGCGCGCAACGAUUACAACCAGUCCGGCAUGACCACUUCUGGGCAACCAAAUUAAAUCUGCAACCAGGCAUCCGAGGGCAUUCACCAGAAAUUGUCUUCUACAAUCAACCUUCCUCACGAGUCAUGGACGAGCCACUUACACUUCUCACGCUUGCUCGUGAGAUUCGCUUCAUGAUUUACGAAAACCUGAUCAAUUGCACUGGUGUGAUUGGUAUCUAUUCACAAUAUGACGUGGCUAAAGAAGUCGAUGAGCAGACGAUUGCAUUGCUUCACGUCUGCCGAUUGAUGCGCAUCGAAGUCCAAGAAUUUUUCUACAAACAUCAAGCCUUCUCGUUCCGUAGUCCGAUUGCCAUGAACAAGUUUCUGGACAAGAUCGGACCGUACCAUGCGAGCAUUCUCUCAGAUGUCCAGAUCGGACCCAAUAUGAGCAGAAGAAGACCAGACAAGUUUGCCGUUGAGUUCGUUGACGUAUUGCAUGCCCGACUCCGGGCUGAUGAGAAGGUUCUCGCUAUACUAUGCGCAUCAGAGAAGUUGGCAAAAGGCAAGAUUUAUUUGAUGGACUCCGGGUCUGCCUACUACACGGAGCUCUGCUUUGUGCCCAAAGACGUUACCUACCCAUCUAAAGUCGACACACUUAUUCGUCAAGAAGUCAUAGCACAACCAUCUGGGCCGCCCGUCCUUCAUGAUGUGUACAAAACUACUACCUGGACGGAAAUUCCGAUUCCUGAUCAGGCAACGCUGAAGAAGUUCAGCGACGGGAAAGCGAGUCUGGAGCUCCUUGUCACCAAAUUCAUUGGCCCUGCAACGGCUGAGAAUCGCGCAUCAACCACAUGA